GUGAUUUCAUUGGCCUUCUCUUCUCUCAACCUUAACAUUGAAGACAUCGAAUGGGCACCAGUUUUUAUGCAGAAGUAUGAUGAGAGGCGUUUCAUUAUCCUCGAGAGUGGAGACUGGACAUCGUGAUAUUAUUCACGAUGCGCAAAUGAAUUAUUAUGGAACUCGUCUUGCCACUUGCUCAAGCGACCACUUAGUCAAGAUUUUUGAAAUAAAGGCUAAUGGCCAAAGUUUACCGAUUGCUGAACUUACAGGGCAUGACGGACCGUAUGAAUAUAAUCAACAUGAAGCAAGUAUUAAUAGCAUUAGCUGGGCCUAUCCUGAAUAUGGACUGAUUUUUGCUUGUUGUUCCACAGAUUGUUCAAUUUCUGUUGUUCAAUAUAUGGGGGAUGUUUGGUCUCCUUUGAAGAUUAAUAAUGCUCACGAAGAGGGAUGUAAUGCCAUUAGUUGGGCACCAGCGAAAAGAAUAAAAUCAGUUCUUGACAAAACCGAGAAAAUCGAUCCUAAACGCUUUGUGACUGGUGGAAAUGAUCGGCUAGUAAAAAUUUGGAGAGAAGAAACGCCAGGAAACUGGAAAAUGGAGGCUGAACUAGAGGGACAUGAAAAUUGGGUCCGAGAUGUAGCCUGGUCUCCCUCUGACUCAUUGACAAGUACAAUAGCCUCUUGUGGAGUGGAUGGACAAGUAAUAAUUUGGAGAUGUUCAAAUUUGGAUUCAGAUGAAGGUCCAAAAUGGACAAGUCGUGUACUUCGAAAAUAUGAUGAUCCCCUCUGGCAUGUAAGUUGGUCAUUAUGUGCAACUGUUUUGGCUGUUUCUGGAGCAGACAAUAAAGUUAAUUUAUUUCAAGAACGUUUACCUAAUCAGUGGAUACAAAUUUCUGAACCUGAUGAGGACAAAUAA